GGGGAAGCAGAUGCCGCUGGCCGCGAGCGGGAACCGGGCGCGGGCGCAAGCAGAGCGCAGCCGCGGGGAAGGCGCGGGGGAGGCGAGCCGGAGCCCGAGCGCUAGCAGCAGCCAGUGUCGCCGGAGAGCACCGGGGCGCAGCCAGAGCCGCAGCCGCGAUGGCCGUGGCGGUGGGGAGACCGUCUAAUGAAGAGCUUCGAAACUUGUCCCUUUCUGGCCAUGUUGGAUUUGAUAGUCUCCCUGACCAGCUGGUCAACAAGUCCACUUCUCAAGGAUUCUGUUUCAACAUCCUAUGUGUAGGGGAGACAGGCAUUGGCAAAUCAACGUUAAUGGACACUUUGUUCAACACCAAAUUUGAAAGUGACCCAGCUACUCACAACGAACCAGGUGUCCGGUUAAAAGCCAGAAGUUAUGAGCUUCAGGAAAGCAACGUUAGGCUGAAGCUAACCAUUGUUGACACCGUAGGAUUUGGAGACCAGAUAAAUAAAGAUGACAGCUAUAAGCCAAUAGUGGAAUAUAUUGAUGCCCAGUUUGAGGCCUACUUGCAAGAGGAAUUGAAAAUCAAACGUUCUCUCUUCAACUACCACGACACGAGGAUUCAUGCCUGCCUUUACUUCAUUGCUCCUACUGGACAUUCACUGAAGUCCUUGGACUUGGUUACCAUGAAGAAGCUGGACAGCAAGGUGAACAUCAUUCCAAUAAUUGCAAAGGCUGACACCAUUGCCAAGAAUGAAUUGCACAAGUUCAAGAGUAAGAUCAUGAGUGAACUAGUCAGCAAUGGGGUUCAGAUAUAUCAGUUCCCCACAGAUGAAGAAACCGUGGCAGAGAUUAAUGCAACAAUGAGUGUCCAUCUCCCAUUCGCAGUGGUUGGCAGCACUGAAGAGGUGAAGAUUGGCAACAAGAUGGCCAAAGCCAGGCAGUAUCCCUGGGGCGUGGUGCAGGUGGAGAAUGAAAACCACUGUGAUUUUGUGAAGCUGAGGGAGAUGCUGAUCCGCGUGAACAUGGAGGACUUACGGGAGCAGACGCACACCCGCCAUUACGAAUUGUAUCGGCGCUGCAAGCUUGAGGAGAUGGGCUUCAAGGACACUGACCCUGACAGCAAACCCUUCAGUCUUCAGGAGACAUAUGAAGCCAAAAGGAAUGAAUUCCUGGGAGAGCUGCAGAAGAAAGAAGAAGAGAUGAGACAAAUGUUUGUCAUGAGAGUGAAGGAAAAAGAGGCAGAACUUAAAGAGGCCGAGAAAGAGCUUCAUGAGAAGUUUGACCUUCUAAAGCGGACACACCAAGAAGAGAAGAAGAAGGUAGAAGACAAGAAGAAGGAGCUGGAGGAGGAGGUGAACAACUUUCAGAAGAAGAAAGCAGCGGCCCAGUUACUACAGUCACAGGCCCAGCAGUCCGGGGCCCAGCAAACCAAGAAAGACAAGGAUAAGAAAAACUGACCACCUGACUCUUGAGAGAGAGAAGAGGGCAUCCUUCCCUAAAAUUCAGAAGCCAUUGUUGUUUUAUUUGACUCCUUGUUUCCUGCAUCCCUCAUACAAAUGGUUUGGGAUUAUAUUGGGUGUUGGGGUGUUCCAGCAAAUCACUCUUUUUCCAUUGGUUACUCAAACUUAUUUUUGUUAUCAAAGUAUGCCAGUCGUUAGCUCCCUUUAAGAGGAAAUAUAUAUGAAUUUUACAUCACAAAACUGUUUAAGAAUGUUCUCCUCCUCUCAGGUACAGUUUUUAAUCCCCUUUUUGUUACUAGGGUUUUGCUCUACAAGUCUUGAUUGUGUUUAAAAUGUGCCACUAUUGGGUAGAUAGAUGACUUUUCUACCUUUGGGGCUCAAUUUAUAUUUAAAGAUACAUUCAAAUAACUUCCUGUCCUAUCCCUGCCUUUUUCUUCAUGGAGUUCUGCCUUACUUUGUGUCCAAGGUUAUUAUUUUUUUUAACAGGAUCUGUAUAUCCCAGACAUGGGGAAUCCCAAACAAGAACCUAUAUCCUCCCUGGUAUCUGUCAUUACCAGUGGCUCUGAUUUGCAUCUUCUUCCAGAGUGACCAAGGUGGCUUUCUCCACAAUGUCUGCCAACUUUCGGGGAAUCAAAACGUUUAGACGAGAUCACUUAAAGUACAUCCAUACAUACACUUCUACCAGUUGAGU